AUGUCGAACUAUCUACCUCUCUACGCCGCCAUGUCGGUGUUGAUGGUCGACGCCGUCAUCGAGGUCGCCUUUGUUGGAUCCAUGGUUGGCUUUCUCCACGACCGAGCAGGAGAGUUUUUCAACAUCAACGCACCUGAUGGAGCAUUCGACCUGCACGGCAAGCCCGUGGGGCUUUUGGCCGACCAGGGCCACACCAGCAAUGGCGCCGCCGGAACCGCUCUCGUACUGGUUGGUUGGUUGGGGCUUCUCACGAUCUGGUAUGAGAAGAGACGAGCCAAGAAGACACAAGCAACGAGCCAUUCCGGUAUCUUCAUCUUCUGGGUCGUGAUGACCGUCCUUUCAGCGAUGCUCACCUUGGCCGCGCUGAUCUACACCUUCGUCCUCACCGCUCAAACCAACGACCAGAGCAUCGACCUCACAGUCGCCGCCGCGAAUCCCGAACCACUAAUGUAUCCGCUCGACAAGUGGACGCCCGAGAACUGGUUCGUCGCCGUGCUGGCCCUGCCGCUUGCACAAGACAGCGAUCGAUCCAAAAUCCGCAACAACCUGCGCCUGAUGAGAGGCUGGCGGUGGAACCUCAUCCCCUUGUUCAUCCUGGGGCUUGUGGUCGCGUCGCUCGCCGUUUGGGAAUUGGUCGCCGGACGGGGACGGAGAUCUCGGAGACAGGCCGACUCGAAGGAGAAGUUCCGAGAGUCGACACAGUCCCAGAAUUACUAA